ACGUGCCACUUCAGCCAUCCUGGUGGUCCGCAAUCCCUAUUCAUCUUCCUCGCAGAAGAAACGGUGGUGAGGUAUCACCGAAGGAUUUCUCCGUACACAUUCGAAUCAGUCUAAUCAUGGCAGACUUGGACGAGGGCGUUCUGCGCAGUUCGAUCUUUGAUUCGCGAAAAGGCGAGACAGCGAAGUCAAGAGGCCAGUUGAUCGAACGGAAGAUCGAUAUUAUCGAAAGCUUGGCUGGCAAGGUGAGUAAUCGGCGGUCUCGCAGAUGGCUAAAUGAUUGUCUAUUGAUUGAACUUGUUCCUCGAUUAAAUGUCGAGGAAAUUAGAGGCCUUUUUGCUCCCCCUCCAUGGGGUGACAACAAACCAUUAUCAGCAUUUUGCAUGACCAAUGUCAAAGAGUGGGACGUUUUCCGAAAUGUGGACAUGGAUGUAGAGGCUAGCAUAACAAAAGCCUUGAGGGCGACUUCAGCAGAAAGAAAGGUUUAUAUGAAUACCGAUAAGGCAGUUGCACUGAAUGCAUGGCGACGAGUAGAUCGUAGAACAAGGGAGGCUAUGCGUCGUAAUUUCCUUCCACAACUCAUUGAGGGUUAUGAGGAGCGCAUAAGAGUAUUCAUUAAUGAUGGCGUUGAAGAUGUGCUUGUGCUACAUGUUCAGGAUUCUUUUCACAGAUUAUUGCUUCAUGGUGUAUGUGAGGGGACAGUUAUUAUGCAGCUGCAGCUUGCUUACCAAAGAUACUUACGGCAACUACCAAUAUCUAGUCUGAAAAGUUUCAACUUCUCUUUUCUGAUACAGUUCUACAAUUUAAUCUCCAUCACUGAAUCAAUAGUGAGGGAUGCAAAACUGUGGAAGAUGACAAGGAUAAAGAAGAAAAUGGGUUGCAAUGAGAUCCCCCCAAACAUCACCCUUGCUCAGUUUCUGCGUCUGUCGAAGGAUGGAGCUUUGUAGCCCAUGUGUGUUUACAAAAUGUGGUAGUCAUGUAUUCUUAUUGAAUCUAAAAUAGAAUUCCUGUAAAUUAUCCAGAAAUUAUGGGACGAUGUUAAUUACUUCGGUGCAUCUUAUUCAAGGAGGAAACCUCAGAAGUUUAAGAGGUUUUCCAAUAAAAUACUAGCUUUUAUAUAA